AUGGGCGACUGGAGCUUUCUGGGGCGGCUGCUGGAGAAUGCUCAGGAGCACUCAACGGUCAUUGGCAAAGUCUGGCUGACCGUCCUCUUCAUCUUCAGGAUCCUGGUGCUGGGGGCCGCCGCCGAAGAGGUUUGGGGUGACGAGCAGUCAGACUUCACCUGCAACACCCAGCAGCCCGGUUGCGAGAACGUCUGCUACGACGAGGCCUUCCCCAUCUCCCAUAUCCGCUUCUGGGUGCUGCAGAUCAUCUUCGUGUCCACGCCGACCCUCAUCUACCUGGGCCAUGUGCUGCACAUCGUCCGCAUGGAGGAGAAGCGGAAAGAGAAGGAGGAGGAGCUGCGCAAGGCGAACAGAUUCCAAGAGGAGAAAGAACUCCUUUAUAGAAACGGAGGGGACACUGGAGGAGGUGGCGGCGGUAAAAAGGAGAAGCCGCCUAUCAGGGACGAGCACGGCAAAAUCCGUAUCAGAGGUGCUUUGCUGCGUACCUACGUGUUCAACAUCAUUUUCAAGACCCUGUUUGAAGUGGGAUUCAUUUUAGGCCAGUAUUUCCUCUAUGGCUUCCAGUUGAGGCCCCUGUACAAGUGUGCGCGGUGGCCCUGCCCCAACACCGUGGACUGCUUCAUAUCAAGGCCCACUGAAAAGACUAUUUUCAUCAUAUUUAUGCUUGUGGUGGCUUGCGUGUCUCUUUUGCUGAAUUUGUUAGAGAUCUAUCACCUCGGAUGGAAGAAAGUUAAACAGGGGAUGACAAACGAGUUUGCCCCUGACCACGAGUCGCUGCGCCGCGCCGACAUCGCAGAGCCCGAGUGCUUGGCCUCGGCCUCCAGAACUGCCCCCGCCAGCCUCAGUUACCCUCCCAACUACACAGAUGUGACAGCGGGCAGUGGGGCCUUCCUGCCGCCUGUGGGGGCGGCGGCUGUGCCCUCAGCAGGGGAGUUCAAGAUGGACGACCUCCAGCAGGAGGAGUCCCUCCACCAGCCCUCCCCCUCCUCCCAUUACUACAUCAGCAACAACAACAACCACAGGCUGGCCACGCAGCAGAACUGGGCCAACCUGGCCACCGAGCAGCAGACUCGGGAGAUGAAGGCCACCUCCCCCGCCCCCUCCUCCUCCUCAUCUGCCAACACCGACACCGAGCGGCAGCAGCGCCCCGUCGAUGCUGCCCUGCUCCCCCCCACCAGCAACACCACCAGUAACACCAACAUCACCAACGCUGCUGCUGCCACCGCCACCAGCAGCAGCAGCCCCGGCACCGCCUCCACCGCGGGCAGCUGGGGCGGGGGCAAGAGCGAGCCGGAGGACGGCCACAUCACCACCACCACAGUGGAGAUGCACGAGCCGCCGGUCACGGUCGGCACAGACCCUCGGCGGCUCAGCAGGGCCAGUAAGAGCAGCAGCAUCAGGGCCAGGCCGAACGACCUGGCGGUCUAA